UUCUGUUGGAAAACCUCAACUCAGUGACGCAUCCGCCAUUACUUUCUGGUUGAGAAACAGACAAAGCUUACAACAAUGAAAAUGUAAAUGCAGCCUAAGCUUUCACCCGCCUACCAGAAGCUAUUAGUAGCGUAUGUCCAAAUGGGGUUUGGUAGUAGUUUAGCAGAUGAGAUGCCGAUAAGAAAUCAUCAAGAUUUUGGUUCAAAACACACACACACACACAGAGAGAACGAAAGCCCUUGAGUUGUUUGAAUCUGUUUAGAUGACGACACGUGUGGUUAUCAGUUCAAUAUAUAUUGGAAGCAGCUGGUCUUUUAUGUUUCUGAGUGAAAAUCAAGAUGUCUGAAAUAUUGGUAAUGUGUUUCGAAGUUUUCCUGGCGGUUUCGUGGUUUUUUGCUUUGUGGGCAUGGAGGAAUCGCCGGAUGAUAGGCUGGAACUGGCCGCUGAUGGGGAUGCUGCCGACGCUUCUGCUGCACGUUGACCGGAUUCACGACACUUGCACGGAGAUUUUACGGCGGAGCCGACGGGGGACUUUUCGUUUCCAGGGACCUUGGUUUGCGAACAUGGAGAUUCUUGGCACUGCAAAUCCUGCCGAUGUGCACUAUAUAAUGAGUUCAAAUUUCCAGAAUUUCCCGAAAGGCCCGGUAUUCAGGGAGAUGUUUGAUGUUUUGGGGGAAGGGAUUUUCAAUGCGGACUCGGAUUCUUGGAAGCAUCAGAGGAGGGCGGCCAGGGCCCUGAUCGGCCACCAGCGGUUCCACCGGUGCCUGUCGAAGAUCAGCUUUGAGAAGGUGGAGAAAGGCCUGGUUUCGGUUCUUGAGAUGGUUUGUAGAGAGAAACAGGUGAUCGAUUUACAGGAUUUGUUCCAGCGGCUUACGUUUGACACGACUUGUGCUUUGGUUACUGGCUAUGAUCCAGGGUGUUUGUCUGUGGAUUUGCCUGAUGUUCCCUUCUCGAAAGCCAUGGACGACGCUGAAGAAGCUAUUUUCAUGCGCCAUGUGCUACCUGACAGGGUGUGGAAGCUGCAGAGGUGGCUUGGGGUUGGAUCAGAGCGGAAGUUGAGCAAGGCUUGGGGAGUCUUGGACAGCGUCAUCGGCAAGUACAUUGCGAUGAAACGGGAGGAAUUGAGGAGGGGAAAGUUGAUGGAUCAUGAAGAGGAAGAUGGUGCUGAUUUGCUGACAUCCUACAUAAAUGGAGGAGAUGAUGCUCCAAGCCAAUAUUUGAAGUGUGAUGAUAAAUUCUUGAGGGACACCAUAUUGAACCUGAUGAUUGCAGGGCGUGACACGACGAGUUCUGCUCUGACGUGGUUUAUGUGGUUGGUCUCCACACAUCCUGAAGUCGAAAAGAAGAUCAGGGACGAACUAAGCUCGAUUUGUGAUCCCUCAGAAGAAAGCCAUAAAUGGCGAAUUUUCAAGAUUGACGAGAUAAAUAAGUUGGUUUACAUGCACGGAGCAAUGUGUGAAGCAUUGAGAUUGUACCCUCCAGUCCCGUUCCAACAUAAGGAGCCUAUGAAACCAGACAUCCUCCCUAGCGGGCAUUACGUGCACCCAAAGAUGAAGGUGAUGUUCUUCUUGUAUGCAAUGGGGAGGAUGGAGUCCAUUUGGGGCAAGGAUUGCUUAGAAUUCAAGCCAGAGAGAUGGAUAUCUGAACGUGGAACGAUCAAGCACGAGCCAUCUUACAAGUUCUUGGCGUUCAAUGCCGGUCCAAGGACUUGCUUGGGGAGGGAAGUGGCUUUUACUCAGAUGAAAAUGGUGGCCGCCACCGUCAUCCAUAAUUAUCAAGUUCGUGUGGUGGAGGGCCACCGCGUGGCGCCUAAUUGCUCCGUCAUCCUCUACAUGAGGCAUGGAUUGAAGGUUAGGGUUGCCAAGAGAAUGAUCUAGGAUGGAGGCGGCAUGGUGGUUUACGCUUAUUUGACGUUUUAUAAAUAUUUAAUAUUGUCACUAAUUAUAUAUAUAUAAUUUUUUUUUUCUUUGUGUGAGCCUAGUUGUAUUUGCUUAUGUAUUCCAAGAAU